AUGGACGAUUACGUUUGGCCAAGUUAUUUCUUCGGAUUGAACACAAGCAUUGAAGAUUUGCUAGCAGCUCUCAAUGUCACUUCAAUCGAAGAUUUUCUCGAUAAAUAUGAUUACGUAGACGCUAUUCCCCCCGUUGUGCACCAUCUAUCGCCAUCAUCGAGGGUAGUAUUGAUUUUACUCUACGUCGUAAUCUUCUGUCUCGGAGUGGUCGGAAAUGUUUUGGUAAUAUCGGUGGUGGUCAUUAAUAAGCAAAUGCAAACUGUCACCAAUGUGUUUAUCGUUUCACUUUCUAUUUCGGAUUUGAUGGUUACUUUGGUUUCGGUGCCGUUUACGUUACUUGAAGCUAUCACCGCCGGUUGGAUUCUCGGUUUGUUUAUGUGUAAGUUAGUAAGCUUUCUGACAGUACUGUCAAGCACGUCCAGCGUUCUCACGUUGAUGUGCAUAGCUCUGGAUCGAUACAACGCCAUAUGUCAACCUUACAAAAGUCGAGUUCUACAAUCCAACAAACGUGCUAUUCAACUACUGUCUGCAGUCUGGGUAAUUUCUGUGAUAAUUGCCCUUCCCUUACUUUACGUUUCAAGCUUGCGUGAAAUCACGGACAUACGUGACGGAAAAGAGUAUGCACUAUGUGUCGAGAAUUGGUACUCUUCAUCACAGAAAAUGGCUUUUACUUUUUUCGUUGUUGCGAUGACGUACCUGGUACCAUUAGCAUUAAUGGUAGUUCUGUAUGCUCGCAUCUGGCACUACCUGUGGGUUAAAAACACCAUUACAUCAGAGUUUCAUCAGAUGGCAUCCAGUGCUGCGAAACGCAAGAAAAAGGCCACACAGAUGCUGAUCCUCGUUGUAUUCCUAUUCUUUGUGUGUUGGACUCCUUAUCACAUCGUCACAAUCCGACGAGAAUUUCCCAAAUUUAUAGAUAAUGAAACAAACAGAUUAAUAUUGGCUUUUAUCACUUUAUUGGCUUUUAGCAACAGUUUCAAUAAUCCUAUUGUAUACGCAUUUCUUAACGGGAAUUUCAAACAGUGUUUUCUCGCCACACUAAAGUGCAAAAACGUAAGACAUGAGAAUGUUAACUGCGACACGCUACAUCCUCCACAUGGGGAUGGCGGCGAAGAAGGUGUUAAUUAAAUUAUUUUCAAAUUAGUUAUAAUGUACGUGUAUGAUUGCAUAUAUUUAAUUUCUGAUAAUACUAAUUGUACAAUUACAUUUAUGUAUAUCAUUUUCAUGACAUUUUGAUAAAUAGAGUAUAACAUGUUUUAAGGACGAACAUUAUUUCAGCUGCGUCACAUGAGGUUUGUACUCGUGCGUUUGUAUCUUAUCGAACCGGAUAUUAUGUAAGUCGACUGCGUGUUAGGUGUUUUAUUCUCUCGAUCUUGUAAUUUACCAAUACAAGUAAUAAGUAUUUAUUUGUAAUUGUAUCUGAUGUUAAUUUCACCUACGUUUGUUGUAUCAUAUCAUUGCUCCCAUGCGUAUCUGACAUCGGGCAACUUUUGAAUGAUUAAACAGAGGGUAGUGCUUGGGAAGGUAGGGUUUAAUACAUAUGAGAUAAAUGAAUUCGACGUGAAACUAGAUGUAGCCAUUACUGCAGCGGUGUCUAACAUUCAGUAUCAUUCCGAGAAUUGUAUUGCACCAAAUAUUUACACAUCUUAUAUUUACUGUUGACUAAUUACGCUCCUAAUAUCUCAAAGUUGAUGUGUUAUUUAAUUGUGUCUGUGCAAAGAAUCGUCUAAUAAAUAUAUUAUGUAUUGUGUAA